AUGAAAACUCGUGAUAUUGUCGGGAUAACCGUCGUAAUUUGUUUUAUUUGUGUUUAUGUUUGUGAUAUCGUCUGUCAAAAAAAGAAUAAGGAUGGAACUACUGGCAAUAACGUAGAGAAUAACAGAGAUGGUGGCUUUGUGACUUUGCCAGUGGCUACGGGUGUCUCCUCCGGUGAUUACGGUGGUGGUUAUGGUGGACACGGCGGAGGAUGCGGUGGUGGAGGAUGUGGAUAA